GGCUAGUUUUGGGGAGCAAUUUGAGGAGGUCUGUUGUGAAACCUGGCAACCCUGAUAUUAAGGUUCAUUGGAGCAUGUUUUGCUUGCCUGCCUGCAGUGUCAUAUGUAACAUUACUAAUGUUGACCUAUUAAUGAUUGAUAUGUGCGUCAGUGAUAAUUCACAGAGAGAGAUUUUGACGUGUUUGUUCAUGCAGGUCUCACUAGUCUGGAGGUAAGUAGCUAAGCGUGUGCACUUGCUUGAACAAUUCUUUAAAUGUAUUAUAAAAACUACAGUUGUAUCUGGCAUAGUACAAAUAAACAUUCGUUCUACUGCAGUAACAAAUUGUACUAGUUAUGGCAUUUAUACAAUCCUGUAAACAUAGUCUGUAUUGCGGCGAUGUAUCUUACUUUAUUAUUAUCACUGCAACAGUAUCGCACGUAGGCAGUGAUUUCAAAAUGUUAAGCUUCCAUGUUUGCUGCACGAAAUAUGCAUUAUUGUUAAUAUAUAUUGGUCUAGUAUGACUGUUUCAAACAAAGUGGCCUGUAAAAAGUAUAGCACAGUCUAAAGUGGGGUACCCAGUUCUAUGUUCUAAGAGCUAAGAAUAAUAAUUAUAUUUUUAAGAGAACUGUUCAUUUUCAUUAUUUUGCCAAAUGGUUAUUUUGAAUGUUCUCUAAACCAUAUCAGACCAGCAUCCAACUAAAUUGUCUUUGUAAAAGAAGUAAAAAUAAUAUUGUUGGUAACAUGUUGAGAAAGUUAUUCUUGACUUUGAACAAGACAAUAAACAGCAGCCAAAGUUCAGAGAACAGUCUCUGUUAGCUGGAGAAGUAGGGCAUCUGUCUGUUAUUAAGUGUCUCUGUGCCAACAACUUUAAUAAACAAAUUCAGCUACAAACUAUCUUGCAUGGUUUAUAAAGGUCUGUAUUGUGCGAUGAGGAUGAUUUUAUGUUUGUUAGCUUUGUAAACCAAUAAAUUUAAUGAUCUUUUAUAGAUAGUUGAGUACUUUUUAAACAUUUUACAAUGAUCAUUUAGGUGAAUAUUCUCUGAAUAAUAUAUUACAGUUCAGUGGUGGAUUUUAUGUUUAUUUUAAGUUCUAUUGGAAAAUAUAAAUGCAAAAAAAUGUUGGAAAAUAGAGAUGUAAACUUGAAUGACAUCCGUUUGGUUGAGUAAGGAAGUUGUCCAGUAUGUUGCAGCUGAGCUGAGAGAUGAAGCGUGUGAAGGUGCUCGUGGUCGGAGCAGGUGUGGUGGGUUUAUCCACUGCUGUGUGUGUCGCUGAGACGCUUCCCUAUUGUUCUGUGACUGUUAUUGCUGAGAAGUUUUCUCCGGACACCACCGGUGAUGGAGCUGCAGGAAUCCUCUUACCCAAAGAGUUUCCCGACAUCCCUCUUGAACGGCAAAAGCGUUGGUUCAAGGAGUCAUUCGAUCAUCUUCUGGCCAUUGCAGAUUCCCCUCAAGCCUCAGAUGCUGGCGUGUACUUGAGCUCUGGGUACCACAUUUUUAAGGAUAUUCCCUGUGACAAAAAGCCCUUUUGGUCAGAUUUUGUACUUGGAUUCAGAUACAUGACGGAUCGUGAAAUGAAGCGUUUUCCUAAUUAUAAGUUUGGUCAAGCGUUCACCACAUUAAAGUGUGAAUGUCUGAACUACUUGCCAUGGUUAGAAAAAAGGCUUCGAGCAGUUGGAGGUCAGAUCAUACAUGAAAAGGUGACUGAUCUUCAGAAACUGGCCCUGAAUUACGAUGCCAUCAUGAACUGCUCAGGCCUCAGCUCUCGUUUUCUGCUGAAGGAUGAGGAGGUCUAUCCAAUACGAGGACAGAUUUUGAAGGUUAGCGCUCCUUGGCUGAAGAACUUCAUCCGAGAUGGAGAUGGCAAUACCUACAUCUACCCAGGCAUCAGGUACGUCAGCAUCGGAGGCACGCGGCAGGCGGAUGACUGGCGGCUGGAGGUGGAUAAGGAGGACAGCAAGGGGAUCCUGGAGCGCUGCUGCCGGCUGGAACCGUCUCUGCGAGCCGCUCAGGUGAUGGGCGAGUGGGUCGGGCUGCGGCCGGGCCGGGCGAACCCACGGGUGGAGCGCCAGUAUCUGCAUUUACAGGGCCGUCAGGUGCCUGUGGUGCACAACUACGGUCACGGCGGCUGUGGUGUUACUCUGAGCUGGGGAACAGCGCUGGACGCGCUCGAUCUGCUGAGACAGAGUCUGUUUGAAAAACCUCCUCAAGCCAGACUCUGAACCUGCUGUCGUACUCAUACACCCAUGAUGCUUUACAGUGAUACUUCUGCAUCUACUACUGAAGAGAAAUGGCACUUAAAUCGUAAUAACAGAUAAAUCUGUCAUCAGUUUUCCAUCUAAAAUGUUUACCAAUUUCUGUAUUAUUCAUUUUGUUUGAUGAUUUCUACAUGCCACUAAUUAGUAGGUUGUUUUCAAUAGGUUCGAAAUAGAAUUUAUUGUUUACAGAAUGUAAAUCUUGAGGAAGAUAAAUUGUGUCAAUUGUUUGAUGUUGAAAUAGUUUUAUCUAGUUUAAUAUGCUGAAUUUGAAAAUUGUCUUUAUUUUUGCAUUUCUAAUUUUUAACUCAUGUUAAAUGUGAUUUGAGUUUUGAAAAUAGUAUUAAUUAAUUUAUGAAGUUAUGUUGCCUUUAACUACUGAAUGAAUUUUAACUCAGAUUUGCUGUAUAAUUUAUAGCUGAUUGUCAGUGUAACACUAAAUACACCAGAAUAUUGUAUUGACGAGAACAUCUGUCGUAUCUUGUUUCCCAUAGAACAAAAGUACUCUUCAUAAGUGUUAAUGAAUAUCAGAUAUUCACAGAUGAUCUGUAAAUUCAUUACAAUUAACUACAGUUGCAAUGUGAUUGUCUAAAAAUGAUACAAGAAUUACCUGUAAAAAAAAAAAAAAAAAGUUAAAACACUCUCUGAUUCACUAACCCCAAAAGUUGUCAUUUUCUGUGUCUGUUUGAAUAUAAUAAAACACACAGUUGUAGCAAAAAA